AUGUAUCAGCGAUUGGACAAGAUGCGUAAGCGGGCCUUCGCUUCCAUGUGUCUGUUCGGUGAGGACAACAACACCACAAUCUCCGGCAUCUGGGUCUGGCGCGGACAGGAGCUGGCUUGUGUUUUCUGGCCAGUACAGCAGCAAAGAUUGCCAAUCAUACCCGAGUUCCUGUACGACAUCAGACAUCCGGAUGCUCCAUUAGCUAGCUUUCCGAAAACUCCUCCGACCACACUGUCCCCUUGCCAGAAGGAAACCACCACUCCGUACAAUGGCGUCGACGUCACCACCCCUGGCUACGACAACGCCAGCUGGUACGCCGAGGCGGAGGAACGGCACAAGGAGCUGGUGGAGGAAACGGUCGAGGUAGGCCUUAUGUUUGCAUCGAAAGCAUUCGUCCAGUUACUUGCCAAUCCCAUAGUCGGGCCCCUUACACAUAAGAUAGGCUAUAGUAUUCCCAUGUUCGCUGGUUUCGUCAUUAUGUUCGUUUCAACAAUAAUUUUUGCAUUCGGCAGAACGUAUCCCGUUCUGUUCAUCGCUAGGGCAUUGCAGGGUAUCGGAUCGUCCUGUUCGUCUGUGUCCGGUAUGGGAAUGCUGGCCGAUCGGUACACCGACGACAAGGAGCGGGGCAAUGCCAUGGGUAUUGCGCUGGGCGGUCUAGCUUUAGGCGUACUCAUUGGACCUCCAUUUGGUGGUAUUAUGUACGAGUUUGUGGGCAAAUCGGCACCGUUCUUGAUCCUGUCGGCACUGGCCCUUGGCGAUGGUUUACUGCAGCUGGUGAUGCUCCAACCUUCGGUAGCCCUGGACGAAUCGGAUCCACCAUCGCUGAAGGAGCUGGUUAUGGAUCCGUACAUCAUCAUCGCUGCCGGAGCCAUCACAUUCGCCAAUAUGGGCAUUGCCAUGUUGGAACCGUCGUUGCCUAUCUGGAUGAUGGACAACAUGGGAGCCAGCCGAUGGGAGCAGGGAGUGACCUUCCUGCCUGCUUCGAUCAGUUACCUGAUAGGUACAAAUCUUUUCGGCCCACUUGGACACCGGAUUGGCCGAUGGUUGGCGGCAUUGCUUGGGCUGGUUAUCAUUGGACUCUGCCUGAUGUGUAUCCCGUUGGCUACUUCUAUCCACCACCUGAUUCUUCCUAAUGCUGGGCUCGGAUUCGCCAUUGGUAUGGUUGAUUCCUGUAUGAUGCCGGAGCUUGGAUACCUGGUGGACAUCCGACACUCAGCCGUUUACGGUAGCGUGUAUGCCAUUGGAGAUGUUGCUUUCUGCGUAGGAUUUGCUAUUGGACCGGCAUUGAGUGGCACCUUGGUGAACACAAUCGGAUUCGAGUGGAUGUUGGUGGGCAUUUCCAUCCUGUGCUUCCUGUACGCACCGCUGCUGACAUUCCUGCGGGCUCCACCGACCAAGGAAGAGAAAAAGGUAGGUGGCUUCGAGAACGGAGGCCUCUCGGUGGACGAUGUCCCAUCCAUAGGCAAAACCUCGGCCAGUGACGGUAUCGUCCACACGGUUCUGGGGAUGACCUCUGCCGAAAAACCCUCGUCGGAAUUGAAGAGCUCAGCUACACCUGCUAACUGUGACGAAAGCUUCACCACUAGACUUUAGUUAUUAUUUUUGCAUAUAAAUUACCUAUCUUCCUAUGUGUUUUUGUUUCCUAUCAUUUAUGAAAAACCAAUGAGCUCGAUACAGGUAAAUGUUUUCAUAAAACCAAUCAAAUGUGCCUUACGAAACUGUACCUUCCCAGAAGGAUAAUGUUUUAACUUCCAACAUUGAUCUUAUUAGUUUUUAGGUUAAGUUACUUUUUUAUAAUACGCACCAGACGAUGAAAUAAAAGAUAAGCGACCACUUUA